CGGUUUCCUCUUACGUCACCCUGAGCCCGCAGAGCCUGGGGAUUUGCUCCAGCGUCGGCCGUGCGCGGAGCCCCGUUUGCAGGAGCAGAAAGGAGGACAGCACCAGAAGGGUCCACCGGGAGAGGAGAAGCCAUGUACAGGAAAAAGAUGAGAGGCAUGUAUAUAUCUAAGAAGGCAUUAAAAAACCAGUUUGAUCCUUCUAAGUUUCCACGGGAGACAUAUCUGCUAUGCAAACUGCGAUGGGGUGAGAGCGACCGCUCUUGGAUACACUGGGUCAAAAAUUAUAGUGACAAUUAUCAUGCUGAAGUCUACUUUCUGGAGAAAAUCUUUAGAAUGAAACCAUACACUAAUGUCAACUGUUCCAUCACCUGGUACCUGUCCUGGAGCCCCUGUGUGAACUGCUGUUAUGAAAUACUGGAUUUCUUAGAGAGGCACAAGAAUGUGAAGAUAGACAUUCAUGUAGCACGGCUUUAUUUCAAAGACUCAGAAGGAACCCACAGAGGUCUGAAGAAACUUGCGAGGUCGACGCAAGUAAAGAUUAAUGUCAUGAACAUGGAAGGCAAGUUUUCCUGUGCUUUGUGGGAUCGGGAAAGGUACUGCUGGUACUUCUGUUGCAGGUGGAAGAUACAGCCAAAAGACUUCAAAAGAAAUUAUUUGCCUGGCCAACAUCCACAGGUGGUGUACCUGCUCUAUGAAAUCAGGUGGAGAAAUGGUUCCAUCUGGAGGAACUGGUUCUCAAACAAUCGUAACCAACAUGCUGAAGUCAACUUCUUGGAAAAUUGCUUCAGUGAUGUGCCACCAGCUCCUUGUUCCAUCACCUGGUUCCUUUCAACUAGUCCCUGUGGAAAAUGCUCCAGGAGAAUUCUGGAGUUCCUGAGGACACAUCGUAAUGUGACCUUGGAAAUAUACGCAGCCAAGCUGUUCAGGCACCAGGAUAUGCGCAACCGGCAAGGUCUCUGCAACCUGGUGAUGAAUGGAGUCUCUAUACGUAUCAUGAAUCUUGCAGAUUACAGUUACUGCUGGAAAAGAUUUGUUGCAUACCAACAUGGAGAAGAUGAUUAUUGGCCCCAGAACUUCGCUGCAUACAUCUUUCUGAACUGGAGAGAGCUUGGUCAUAUCUUUUUGGGUCUUCCUCCAUUGCUGCCAUACUGAAUACUAAUAAGCAUCACCACCAUGCUUUCAGGCUUGUUUUGUGCAUCAGUAACAGACCAGAAAAGCCACUGCCCAGCAAUCAUUUCUGCUGCAGCCUUGAUGAGUUUCAUCCUGCCACCAGAGAAGGCUCUUAUCACUGUCUGGAGAUUGUUAAGUAUUGGACAGAGCAGAAGGAGCACAUGAGAAGCCAUCAGGAAGUUCAGAUGACGCAGCCAGGCAUCCAGGGCACAGUUCUCUGGGUCUUUAUAAGACUUCCUGAAAGUCCAGUGGGGAUGGAGACCAUGCCCCAUAAUCAGAUAUUUCACAUAUGCUGAUUCUGCAGUCAGAUUCUGCGAGAACCCUCUUGAGACGCCAGCAAGCAACAUUUUUCAUGAAUACGUGUUUGUAUGGUUCUGCAAAUACUUCAGGCUAUUACAGUAUUUAUGCAAUUCUGUAAUAAUAUCUCACUUUAAGUUUUUAUUCUUCCUACAUUUAUGACUGUAAAACCAAUAGAAUAAAAGGAAAAAAUAUCAACCCUAUGGAAACUUUGCUUUUCUUGUUCAGUUCCAGGAUACACAUCCCUCCCUUGUAAUUCCACACUCUGGAGACCUAGCUGUUCAUUGCAAACUGGGAUAACAAGGUAAAAAAUCUCUGCUUUUCCAGCUGGAAACACUGAGUGGAAUCGUGAAGUAGGAGAUAUUGAAAGCUCUGAGCUAUCUGUACAAGCAGAAGGCAAAAAGAAGAUACAGGUGUGCUGGGUCUUGCAGCACUUUUCAAUUUGCACUGCAAAUAAUGUAGAACAUCUGAAUGAAUCAUGUUGGGAGCUCCAUGUUUCAUAAUUCCCAAUCCCUCCAAGCAGGGAAUCCUCCACUGGGGAAUGUGCUGGUGCUGGGAUUUGCAACAUGCAGGCACAAACAAUGAUUUGAAGAGUAAGGCAGGGCCUGGAGGGAACCAUGCCUAUCUCUUCCAGUUUAUCAGUGCUUAUAGCAUCCUUUGGUCAUGCCAAAAUCUCCAGAUGUUUAGUGGACAAUCAAGACAGCCCGGAAAGCUGCCGGCUGAGGAAGCAGCUUCAGUCCCUGCAGUGUGAGAGUAUACCUAAGGCUGAGCACAACUGGUGGGGAGUGUCUCCUGCAUUAAGCACAUAAAA